GAAAGCUUGUCGUCUGUGAAACUCCAAAGGCAGUGUGUUUUAACAACUAUAAAAACCAGAGCUCAAGCAAUCUCUCUCCUCCUCCCAAUCCGCAUAACCUUUUGUCUUUCCGCCGCUUCAUCCAGCGGCCGGAGCCCAUUGUUUUCACUUCACAUCAAACCCACAUCUCCGGCCUCAAGAAAAUCAAGAUGAUGAGCGGCGGCUAUCCCUACCCAUUCACAAGCUCGCCGGCGCAGAGCUCGCCGUGGCACUCGCCCGUGCCGUACCUCUUCGGCGGGCUGGCGGCGAUGCUGGGUCUCAUCGCCUUCGCCCUCCUCAUCCUCGCCUGCUCCUACUGGAAGCUGUCCGGCUACAUCGACGCCGACGACGACGACGACAACGACCGGCGCUCCGGCGAGAGAGACCUCGAGCUCGGCCACCCUAGCUCCGGCGACAAGCCCAAGUUUGAGGAGAAAGUUCUGGUGAUAAUGGCCGGGGAAGAGAAGCCGACGUUUUUGGCGACGCGCAUUUCCAGCGUGACUUCUUUCGCAGGAAGGGACAGUUCCGGGAAGGAGGAGGGAAGUGGAGAUCCGGUACAAACGGGAAACAUGGAGAUCCGUGAGACCGCAGAUCAGGUCCCUUGAUAUAUAGUUUCAUUGUUUUCCCUUGAUUUCCAGAGAUUGAAGGUUCAGGUUAAAUUAGUGUGGGCUUAGCACCGUAGAAGUUUCUCUUCUCCUCUCUCUCUCUCUCUCUCUCUCUCUUUUCCCAGAAUUUCCCAAAUGUAAAUUACUAAAUAUCUUUUGGCAAAUGAAAUA